CGUUAGACAUAUCGGUUUGAGUUGUAUUAGCAUGACGGCUCACGUUCUUGUUGUUGGGAGCGGUGGAAGAGAACACGUUUUAGCAUGGAAACUGGCAUUGUCAGCUCACGUGGCGCACGUCUAUGUCACGCCAGGCAACGGAGGAACGAAAUUAGAAGACGAUAAACGUAUAACUAACGUCGUAAUCAACUUGAAUGACCAAGCAGCACUCGCCUCGUGGUGCACUACGCACAGAAUCAGCCUGGUUGUUGUUGGACCGGAAACCCCACUAGCCAAUGGCAUAGCAGAUUCUCUUGCCAACGUGGGUGUGGCUUGCUUUGGUCCAACGGCUGCUGCAGCUCAGAUUGAAACCAGCAAACACUUUGCGAAGGGAUUUAUGAUGAGGCAUGGCAUUCCAACUGCUCGAUUCCAGGCAUUCACGGAUGCAAAGGCAGCAUGUAGUCACAUCGACUCUGCAGAGUACAACGCAUGGGUUGUGAAGGCAAGCGGUCUGGCUGCUGGGAAAGGCGUAGUUGUGGCAUCCUCCAACGAUGAAGCGAAGAAAGCUGUGAAGGAAAUCCUUGAAGACAAAAAGUUUGGCUCUGCCGGAGAUACUGUUGUUAUUGAAGAGCUUCUUGAGGGCGAGGAAGUCUCGGUGUUGUUGUUUUCUGAUGGAAAGACUAUUGCUGUCAUGCCACCGUCACAAGAUCACAAACGGUUGCUGGAGGGUAACACAGGGUUAAUGACAGGCGGCAUGGGAGCAUACAGUCCUUGUCCUCAGGUAUCCAGCCAGCUGAUUGAUGACGUUUCAGCUCGGAUUUUGCAGCCUGCCAUUGAUGGGCUGCGGAAAGAUGGAAUGCCUUACAUUGGGGUGCUUUAUGCUGGCUUAAUGCUUACUAAAUCUGGUCCUUUUGUGUUGGAAUUCAACUGCAGAUUUGGUGAUCCUGAAGCACAGGCUGUUGUACCACUAAUGAAGUCUGAUCUGUAUUUGACAGUCAAGGCUUGUGUUGAUGGGAAUCUCUCUACUGCCUUGCCGUCUUAUCAUCUCAAUCAAUAUUCUGUGUCUGUUGUGAUGGUCAGUCAAGGAUAUCCAGAGACUUAUUCAAAAGGGAAAGCAAUCACAGGGAUUAGUGAUGCUAACUCACUUUCUGGCAUUCACGUCUUUCACGCUGGAACAAAACUGACUGAAGAUGGCCAAAUAGUAACAUCAGGAGGACGUGUUUUGGCUAUUUCAGCUACAGCCAGCAGCUUGAAGGAAGCCAUUGAUUUAGCCUACAAGGGAGCAGACUGUGUGAAAUAUGAGGGAGCACAAUAUCGAAAAGACAUUGCCAGCUUGGCUAUGAAGAGUUCUUACUUUAUGGAAUCUAUUACAUAUCAAGUAGCUGGGGUUAACAUUGCUGCUGGUAAUGAAUUGGUUGCCGCCAUACGACCUCUUGCUAAUGCAACUGCUCGUUCUGGAUGUUCAGCUGAGUUGGGAGGAUUCGGUGGAUUUUUUGAUUGCAAAGCUGCUGGAUACAGUGACCCUCUCUUGGUCAGUGGAACCGAUGGUGUGGGGACAAAACUAAAGAUUGCUCAGGAGUGUGGUAUUCACAGUACAGUAGGAAUCGAUCUUGUAGCCAUGUGUGUUAAUGAUGUUUUGGCUCAUGGAGCUGAACCAUUGUUCUUCCUUGAUUAUUUUGCUUGUGGAAAGCUGGAUGUCAACACAGCCACAGAAGUGGUUGCUGGUGUCGCCAAAGGUUGUCAACAAGCUGGUUGUGCUCUUCUCGGAGGAGAGACAGCAGAAAUGCCUGGUUUUUACUCUCCAGGAGAAUAUGAUUUGGCUGGCUUUACUGUGGGAGCUGUUGAGCGUGAAUCUGUUCUUCCGAAAAUGUUAGACAUGAAGGUCGGAGAUGCAGUAAUUGGUGUUGAAUCAUCUGGUCUUCACAGCAAUGGUUUUAGCUUAGUUCGCAACAUUGUGGACAGUUUGGAAAUUACGUAUGACUCCAAGCUGUCAUGUCCACUAUUAGAUGAAACAUCAGUUGGUAAAUGUCUAGGAGAGGUCUUACUCACUCCUACUCGUAUUUACUCCAAACACUUGCAAUCAUUGCUGCAGUCAGGUAUGAUCAAAGGCAUAGCUCAUAUAACAGGAGGAGGUCUAGUAGAGAACAUACCAAGAAUUCUGCCGUCUCACUUGUCUGCUGUUCUUGAUGCCUCAAAAUGGUUUGUUCCACAACUGUUUGGUUGGAUUGCAGCAGCUGCAAGGCUUUCAGCAGAUGAGAUGAGCAAGACGUUUAACUGUGGCAUUGGGCUGGUGCUUAUUAUUGACAAGGAGAAAGUUGCUCAAGUAUCUGCAUCAUUACAUUCACUUGAAUUGAAAACAAAUGAGAUUGGCAAGGUUGCUAAAAGAGUGACUGCUAACCAGCCUGUUGUGAUAUGUGACUUAGAUAAAGCUCUUGCAACUGCAUAUGUUCUUUCUAAUCCCAGAGCUAUCAGAUCUCAAUCGCCAGUGAAUGGGCGUUGCCAACCCAAGAAGGUGGGAGUGUUGAUAUCAGGAGCAGGGACAAACCUGCAGGCUCUUAUUGAUUCUACAAGUCAUCCAUCAUGUCACUUUGCUAAAAUUGUUCUUGUUAUAUCAAACAUCUCCGGAGUGGAAGGACUAAAGAAAGCCGAACGAGCAGGAAUACCAAACGAAGUUAUUUCUCACAAACAAAAGAAGAGGCAGGAAUUUGAUGCAGUCGUUCAUGAGGCUUUAGUCAAAGCCGGAGUGGAGAUUGUCUGUUUGGCAGGAUUUAUGCGAAUUGUUGGUGCAGAGUUUGUCAGUCGGUGGCGAGGACGUCUACUCAACAUCCAUCCUACUCUUCUACCAUCAUUCCCAGGGAUGCAUCCACAUGAGCAAGCUCUAGCAGCUGGAGUCAGAGUGUCAGGAUGUACGGUACACUUUGUUGAGGAAGAGGUCGAUGCUGGAGGAAUGAUUAUUCAAGAGGCUGUUCCUGUUUUACCCAAUGACACACCCGAGACUCUCAGUGCAAGGGUGAGACAAGCAGAACACAGAGCUUAUCCAGAAGCGCUCAAACUCCUGGCAACUGGCAUGGUGUCACGAGGGGAAGGAAGUAAAGUUGUGUGGACACUGUAAGUGAACUCUUGAAAUU